UUCCGUGAUAUUUUGGGCUUGGCCAGUUAGACCUAACGCGAUGUGUCCACUAUCAAAUUUUGAUUUUAAUUUAGGAAAUUUGAAUACCUAAAGCUUGAAGCUUGAGCUCGCAAUUUCAGUCUACAAUGGCUUCUCUCUUUCAGAAAUUUCAAAAGGCUGUGGGAAGCCUUGCUAAAAGUCCCACCUUUGCUAAAGAUCCCAGGCACCUUCAAUUUGAAGCUGAUAUUAACCGUCUCUUUCUUUACACCAGCUACAAUCGUGUGGGAAAGGAUGCAGGUGAUGCAGACAUAGAGGAGAUCAUUGACAUUGCCAGUAAGGCUUCAUUGGCUGACCAACAAGAGCAGGUCCAAGAAAACAUUUACUCUCAAAUUAAAACCUUCUGCGCUUUGAUGGAUGACAUUCUCCAUCCUAGUUGUAAAAGCACCGAAGAGCCUUUAAAUUCACCCACUGAGAAAGCUGCUGGUCCACGUCGUAGUGGCCUUAGUCUUGCUGUUGGUAGCAAUUCAUCGAUGAAAGUCAGUCCUGGUGUACCGAAGACAAAGCCGUUAAAGCUUUCUGAGGUAUCACAGAGGAUUAAGGAUCUCAACAGCUAUACCCUUGAGCUUAAAGCAUCUCAAGUGCCCCAUAAGGAGGCAGGCCAAGGUCUAUUCAUUAAUGGCGAGGCCAAUGUCGGUGCCAUUAUAGCAUUUUACCCUGGUGUGGUAUACACUCCAGCAUAUUACCGUUAUAUACCUGGAUAUCCAAAAGUUAAUGCACACAAUCCUUACUUGAUCACAAGGUAUGAUGGAACUAUUAUAAAUGCACAGCCUUGGGGCACUGGAGGUGAAACACGUGAAGUAUGGGAUGGAUUAAGUGUGCCUGAAUUCAGACCAAACAUUCAAGGUGCUGAUACAGGGUCAGAUCGUGUCUGGAAAAUGCUAAGUAAACCUUUGGAAGCAACACGACUGGGGAGUAAUGCUGAGGUACUGGAGCGUAGAAACCCACUAGCUUUUGCUCAUUAUGCCAACCACCCAGCAAAAGGAAUGGAACCAAAUGUCAUGGUGUGUUCUUAUGAUUUUCCACUUGUUGAGAAAGAUAUGAGAAUGUAUAUACCAAACGUAGUAUUUGGGCGCGGGGAGGAAGUAAAGAUGAAAAGAUUUGGCAGUUUCUGGUUUAAAUCCGGGACUUCUGGCAGUAAUGUAUCAGAUAAUCCUGUACUGAAGACCCUUGUUCUUGUGGCUACUCGGGACCUUAGUAAUGAAGAAGUCCUUUUGAAUUACAGGCUAAGCAAUGCCAAAAAGCGACCGGCCUGGUAUACACCUGUAGACGAGGAAGAGGACCGAAGGAGAUGGAGCUAAAUCCAUUCAUCUGACAAGUUUCAAGUCGUUUCAGACGAUUUCACAAUAAUGUAUUGCCAGAUAAGCUUCUUGGUAAAUUUUUCCAAUUUUCACAGGGCACAAAAAACUUUAGCAAAUUUUAUACAGUUAAAGUCCUGGUGGGACUUGAGUGUACUCCGUGCUGUAUGCAACUAUGUUGCGAUCCUUGUUUCUCACAGAAUUAUCAUUUGAGCCUGCAUUUAUUUUCUA